UAUAAGCAUACAAUGAAAUUAAAAGGUAUAUUCUAGAGUUAUGUAGUUGUCCAACCUCAUAGCCUUCCACUAGGUGGCUGUAUGUACAUCCGAAGUUGCUUGCAAUCCAUUAAUAAUGAUAAGAAGAAGUUAGGGUUGGCCCUAAUCUUAUUUUUAAUUAAAAAAAUUAAAAAUAAAAAUACGGAUGGAUUUGCUCAUAUGAUUAUAUGAAAAUCUGUGUUUGUACCAUAUGAAAAUGUUUAAUAUUUGUAUUAGUAGUAAUAAUAAUAAAUUACGGAUUGCACCCGACAAAACAUUAGAGAAGAAGAAGAAGAAGAAGAAGCUUACGUCAUUCGACGCGACACUUUCCACGGUCGGAGCUGGUGAGUAGCCCCUGAAUCUGUCAAAUAAAAAUGUAGUAAAAAACCUCAAAAGACCGAAAGUCUACAUUUAUAAAUCUGCUGAUGGUAGUUCUAUGAGUUAAUGUUAGCGAGUAUGUGGCACAGCAUGUGUUUGUACAGAUUUAGACACGUUUUUAACCCUAUUUGGUAGAAAAAAAAAGCUAGCUAAAGUAGCCUCUUAAAAGCCAGUCACAUUCAAAUGUAGCUGUCCUUCAUACCUUUAAUAACAAUGUGCUAAAAUUUUGUUUCAUAUAUCUUAAAAAACCGUAUACUUUUCAGUAUACUAGUUUAUAUCAGUAUAUUGAUUUAAUGUUAGGAUUCUAUCAUACAGUUCAUUACAUUUCAUCGUUUCCCACAGUGUAUUAUAAGCCCUGAGGCCAUCAUUCUUUAUUUGUUGCCCCACCAGGCUAAGCAUUGUUUAUUUAUUUAAGUCUUUGUAAAACGUUUGCAUUUUCUAUGACUUUAUAGUUAUUGUUCAAGUAUUAAUCUUCCAAUCUUUCAAUAACACAUAAUUCUCAAAAUGUAAUUUCAAAUUUCCCGUCAACUUUUAACAUUUUUUAUCUCAAAAACAUGACCAGCUACAGGAUGACUGACUGUCAUAAAACUGAACCACCGGGCUUACCAUGUUUUCUGGGGGAUACCCUGCAAGCACAAUGCAUGCUAAUAUUUAUUUAUCACAUACCAGAAAAAACAGCUACCUUCUGUUUAUUCAUAUUCAUGGUUGUAUUUUCUGUCUUUCUUUUAGGUUCAAUGUCAAGAAGAGAGAGAACACAUAUCUCGGAGGAAGCGAAGGUCUUCCUCCAGAAAGACUAUAAAGAAGGGAUGACCAGGGUGGGAUCUCCACUGGUUGGAGCGGCAUCCCAGGCCACUGGCUUGCCACCGUUUGUCAUUGAUAACUGGAUUGGAAACUAUAGAAGAAAAAAGCCAUCUUCUUCUCAACCUAAAAACAAGAAGUUAUACACCAAGGACCUGUCUGGUUACAACCUGUUCUGCAGGGAUCAGUUAAAGAACAAGGACCCCGGGAGGAAAAUUAGGACACCAACUGUGGAAGACAUUUUGAAUGCAAUGUGUGCAAAUGAUGAGCGGAGCGUAACAGAGCCUAUGGGUUUGACGGAAGUGCUGUCAAGAGAACCGACUACAGAUGAUACUACGGAUGUUUGCAACAUCUGUUGAACAGACGUUCAUCACUGAACAUCUGUUCAGUGAUGAGAAAAAAAAUGCCAAGAAGAAGUGGCGUGAGUGGCGACGUUGCAACACAUGUGAGCAGUGGUCACACCUGGCAUGUGGAUUCAAGAAAAACUGAAAAAUUGUCUGCACUGGGACUGCAAAAAAGACACUUCUAAUUUGGUCACAGUUGUGACAUCUGACAUCUGUCAAUGUUAGCAUUUCCUGUAGUUUUUUCUUAAACAAUUGAUAAAUGUACAAUGCAUCAAUAAAAGCUUUUGUAUUGAAAAGA